AUGGAGAACCUGAUCACAUUGGUCAACAAGCUACAGAGGGCCUGUACUGCCCUUGGCGAUCACGGCGAAGAAAGCGCCUUGCCCACUCUCUGGGACGCAUUGCCUGCCAUUGCCGUCGUUGGAGGCCAGAGCUCGGGGAAGUCCUCUGUGUUGGAGAGUAUUGUUGGAAAAGACUUCUUACCUCGUGGAUCUGGAAUUGUUACUAGGCGUCCUCUUGUGUUGCAACUUCAUAGGAUUGAUGAAGGCAGAGAAUAUGCGGAGUUUAUGCACCUCCCUAGAAAGAGGUUCACUGAUUUUGCUGCCGUGAGGAAAGAGAUUUCUGAUGAGACUGAUAGAGAGACAGGCCGGACCAAACAAAUUUCUAGUGUUCCAAUCCAUCUUAGUAUCUAUUCCCCCAAUGUUGUGAACUUGACGCUGGUUGAUCUUCCUGGACUUACAAAAGUAGCUGUUGAGGGUCAACCAGAGAGCACUGUGCAAGACAUUGAGAACAUGGUUCGGUCCUUCAUUGAGAAGCCCAACUGUAUUAUUCUUGCAAUUUCUCCAGCCAAUCAAGAUCUUGCUACAUCUGAUGCCAUUAAGAUCUCUCGUGAAGUAGACCCUAAAGGGGAGAGGACAUUUGGAGUUUUGACCAAGAUUGAUCUUAUGGACAAGGGUACUGAUGCAGUUGAUAUCCUAGAAGGAAGAUCAUAUAAGCUACGGUUCCCUUGGAUCGGUGUUGUUAAUCGCUCUCAAGCUGAUAUCAAUAAAAGUGUUGAUAUGAUUGCGGCUCGGCGUAGAGAGCGUGAAUACUUUGCUAAUAGCCCAGAGUAUAAGCAUCUAACUAACAGGAUGGGUUCUGAACAUUUAGGAAAGAUGCUUUCUAAGCACUUGGAAACUGUUAUCAAGUCUCGAAUCCCAGGCCUUCAGUCUCUUAUCAACAAAACUAUUGCUGAACUAGAAGCGGAAUUGGGCCGUCUUGGGAAGCCUAUUGCUUCUGAUGCUGGAGGAAAGUUGUACAUGAUAAUGGAAAUUUGUCGUACUUUUGAUCAAAAUUUUAAAGAACAUCUUGAUGGCGUGCGCCCUGGUGGUGAUAAAAUCUAUAGUGUGUUUGAUAAUCAACUUCCAGCUGCUUUGAAGAGGUUACAAUUUGACAAACAUCUUUCUAUGGACAAUGUGCGAAAGCUAAUCACUGAAGCGGAUGGAUAUCAACCUCAUCUAAUUGCUCCUGAACAGGGAUAUCGUCGUCUUAUUGAGUCUUCCUUGGUAACUAUUAGAGGUCCUGCUGAGGCAGCUGUAGAUGGGGUUCAUGCUUUACUGAAGGAUCUGGUUCACAAGGCUAUUGGUGAAACUAUGGAGCUAAAGCAAUAUCCUACAUUGAGAGUGGAAGUGGGAAAUGCAGCUAUUGAGUCAUUAGAGAGGAUGAGGGAUGAAAGCAAGAAGGCAACCUUGCAGUUAGUUGACAUGGAAUGUGGUUAUCUAACUGUUGAAUAUUUUCGCAAGCUUCCCCAAGAUAUUGAGAAGGGUGGAAAUCCAACGCACUCAAUUUUUGAUAGAUAUAAUGAUUCAUAUCUCCGGCGAAUUGGAACCAAUGUCCUGUCCUAUGUCAAUAUGGUUUGUGGAAGUUUGAGGAACUCUAUUCCGAAGUCUGUUGUCUAUUGUCAAGUGCGUGAGGCCAAACGCAGCUUACUUGAUCAUUUCUUCACAGAUUUGGGUAAAAAGGAGUCAAAACAGCUGGGUAAAUUGUUGGAUGAGGAUCCAGCAAUCAUGCAGCGCCGGGGCAACCUUGCAAAAAGGCUGGAAUUAUACAGAAGUGCCCAACAAGAGAUUGAUGCAGUUGCUUGGUCCAAGUAGAGGGGAGCAGAUUUAUGUCUUCCCGUUGAAG